CUCCAUUCUUUCCAUUUCCAAGGUCAAACCCUAGGGAGCAGUCAACAUCACCCAAUCCCGAGUUGACAAUUUCUCCGGCUGCCACUCUCCGUCACUAUAACCUUCACGGCCACCAUUGUUAUCAAUCUAGGUUACAAAAAUGCAGAGGCGUUUGAGCCUAUCUUUGCUGGCAAAACGAGGGCUCAGCACGUCUUCGAGCCGCGACAAAAUCGUGGCGUCCGUCCUCUUUGAGCGACUCCCAGUCGUCGUUCCAAAGAUCGAUCCCGUCGUCUACGCCUUUCAGGAAUUUUCGUUCCGAUGGCGGCAACAAUACAGACGAGAAUACCCCGAGAAUUUCCUGAAAAAGGCAGAUUCCAGGGGUAAAGGCGAAUACCAGAUCGAUUUCACGCCUGCUCCUCGGAUCACCGAGGACCGGAAAUCGCGGAAGUCGUUACAGAGAGCGCUCGACAGAAAGCUCUAUCUUCUCAUCUAUGGCGCCACAGUUUCUGGCGGGAACCCCGUCUGGCAUUUCCCGGAAAAAGCAUAUGAAUCGGAAGAGAGUCUGCGGAGGUGUGCGGAGUCUGCUUUGGAAUCUGUGAUCGGAGAUCUCUCCCACACUUACUUUGUGGGGAAUGCUCCGAUGGGUCAUAUGGUUACACAGCCCGGGGAGGAUAACGAGGAAGUUUCAUCUUUAAAGCGGUUCUUCUUUAAAUCCCAAGUGAUUGCAGCGAAUAAGUUUGAUGUUAGUAAGUGUGUGGAUUUUGUUUGGGUGACAAAGGAUGAGCUGUUGGAGUAUUUUCCCCAGCAAGCUGAGUUCCUGGACAAGAUGAUCACAAGCUGAUGGUGAUUCAUUUCCUUGUCAACUUGUGAAGCAGAAUAAUAUUCUGAAAUUCGAAGUUUUGGAUUAUAUAUUUAUGUGUUCUCCUGAUGUUAGGCACCGGAUUUUUGAAUAUUCAGUAGUAUCAUGAAUUCUGCAGAGUUGUGGAGGAGAACAGUUGUGAUUGCAUUCAUAGUUUUUAUCAUUUUUUCCCACUUAGGCUGUUGUUUAGAUGCUGCAACUAGAUAAGUUAAUUGCCUUUUGUUUGAGCGAAAAGAUCAAUAAACUAUCCGAGUUUGAGGGUGAGCAUUGAGUAAAUUUAGUUUUGUAAUUCUAGUCGGUAAAGGAUCACAGUGAAGGAGGUUGUCCAUAAUCGAAUACUCAAAUUAAGAAGGUUUCUGCCCAAAGUUGAAAUUGUAACCUUAUGAAUACAAGUCAACUGGUUGAGGCCAAUAAGCCACUCCUAUUGAGAGUAAAACUUGUAACAUGCCAAUAUAUUGCUUAUGUAGGAUUUGAAAUUGUAACGUUAUGAUUACCAAGUCAAUUGUAUGAGGAACCAUGAAAGCCAAUAGAUUACUCUCGUUGACAAUAUAGAAUUUGUAACCUUGUAGUUACCAAAUCAAUAGACAACUAUUUAAGUUUGAGA